AUGGACGAUAUAGCACUGCGAGCAUCUGAUCGUGUUUUAGAAGUGAUAUUUUCUUAUUUAGAUUUGCACACGUUAAGAAAUUGUGCGUUAGUGUGCAAACGUUGGAACCGUUUUUUAAACGACGAGAAUAACGAAGCGUGGAGAAUACACUGUAUUCGUAAGUUGGCUCAGGAGGCUCUUAGCUCCGAUAUAUUGUCAUCGGUGCCUACCUAUAAAUCGAAAUUGCGUGCAUUUUAUCACGCGUGGAACCCCCUCGAUUGUUCGAAAAACAUUUACAUUAAAUCCAACGGAUUCACUCUGCACAGGAACCCUAUUGCGCAAAUCACAGAUGCUUGUAGGGGUAAAAUUGGUUUCCGGCAUGGCAGACAUGCCUGGGAAAUCAUUUGGGAAGGACCUUUGGGCACAGUAGCAGUUAUAGGAAUAGCAACCAAAGAAGUACCGUUACUGUGUCAUGGGUAUGUAGCAUUAUUGGGCUCUGAUGAGCAUUCAUGGGGAUGGAAUCUAGUGGAUAAUCAUCUGCUACACAAUGGUGAUGUGCAAGGGAAUUAUCCGUUGCUUAAUAAUGCUCCUAGGUAUCAGGCUGGGGAAAGAAUUAGGGUAAUAUUAGAUUGUGAUGAUAACACAUUAUCUUUUGAAAAAAAUUACGAAUUUUUGGGAGUGGCAUUUAGAGGGUUGCCAGACAAAAGAUUAUAUCCAUCUGUAUCUGCUGUAUAUGGAAAUACAGAAGUAACUAUGGUGUACUUAGGACCACCUCUAGAUGGCUAACACUUUACUUCCAGUAGAGACAUAUCUUCAGAGGCUUGGUCAAGGCUGUUUGGUGAAAUGUGAAUGCAGAAUUCUCUGUAUCACACCAAUAUGUCUACUAUGAAAUAGAACCAGCACACUGAUGAACUGUAUGAUAUUCUUUAUGACGGAUGUGUGCCUGUUCAUUCAGUCAAUAGAUUGUAAAUAGUAUUAGUAUUCCAUUUAACCUGAUACAUCCAUAAUAGGGCUUUAUACAGUGUUAACAAUUGUAAGUUACUUAACACUUGGGACAUCAAAUAAUUUU